AUGGUUCUGCAAAGUGACAAUGCUAACACAGGAACCAAACUUGGUCUCGCCGGUCUUGGCUACUCUUUGAUGGAUAUGGCUUGCUAUGGUGUCUUGAGAUUCUUCAUGGAGAGUGGCGCUAAGGGAUGUGAGGUCAUUGUGAAUGGAAAGCUUCGUGCAGCACGUGCCAAGUCCAUGAAAUUCAAGGACGGUUACAUGGUUUCCUCUGGUCAACCCACCAAGGAGUACACCGACUCUGCAGUGAGACAUGUUUUGCUCAGACAUAGUGUGCUUGGAAUCAAGGUGAAGGCCAUGCUUGACUGGGACCCUAAGGGUGUAUUGGGACCAAAGACACCAUUGCCUGAUGUUGUCAUCAUCCAUGCUCCCAAGGAAGAAGAUGUCAGCUCCGCACCGGCUCAGGUUGCUGCUCCGGCUGCCCUUCUACCAGAAGCACCCCUCACAGCCGUAGAUUACCCUGAGAUGAUCCCAGUCGCCUAG